AAUUGAAACAGCACGCAGUAUACAAGUGCUGGGCGAAGACAACAGACAUGUGGAAGCAGGUUUUGGUGCUGGCUCUCAUAGUCUUGGUAAUGCAGAGCGACGCGCGCAGAGGUAGAACUCGAGCGAGAACCAAGUCCAAGGUACAAAUCGGAUUGCCAAUCACAGGCAAAUACAGGGACCCCGAAUCCGAUCAGUAUUAUAACAACAACGACGGUGCGAAAAUCCUGCUGGCGUCGCACUUCGACCUUGAGUACGUGUUGGGCCACAAGAUCGCGUUCCUGUGUACGGCGAAGGGCACCCCGCGACCACACAUCACGUGGUUCAAAGACGGAGUCGAGAUAUUCGCACACCACUAUUUACACAUCCACGAAUGGCUGAUAGACGAGGACCAGGUGAAGUCCAAGAUCGAGAUAGAUCCCGCGACCCAGAUGGACGCCGGCGUAUACGAAUGUACAGCUGACAACAUGUACUCUAUAGACCGGAGGUCCUUUAAAACCGACUUCUCCAUCGCCUUCGAUUAAUAAACCAGUGGGAGA